AUGGAGGCGUUUGGGGAUCCCACAGUGGUGGACCGCCCAUUAAGGCCUCCGGCUAGAAAAAACAGUACGCCGCACGUGUCUCAACGUCUCAGUUCAGUACGCCGCUGUCUGGUAGGCGGCAGGGAGUGCUGGGCAAGUACUAGUCAAACCUGUCGGCCCGCCACGGACUUAAUAGAACGUGGUGGAAGAGCGGGCGCACUUCCAAUCGACACAAUCCAAUAUUUUAACAGUAUGACUGUGCCUAUUCAACGAGUGGUAACUUGCUGUAUCAUAGAAGAAGCUGUAGCCAGGGGCUACCUGUUUGUAGUCAUCACUGACGCGGUCACAGCACUCACUCGCGACUCGGCGGGGCGGGCGUGUGUCGGGCGCGAGUCGCGUGUCGCGAGGCGACUCUGUGCGCGGAGGUGCUCGCGUGACGUAACGCCGCGCCACACUGCAGCGCGCCGCGACCCGAGCCGAGCCCCGCCGCCCGGCCGCCGCCGCCCGCGGCGCGCGCACCCCUCCCUCCCUCCCUCCCUCCACCACUCGCCACUGCUCAGAUCACUACUACUAACUGAUGCCGACCUCUUACUCCUGCAUUCGCCUGCAACAGUGCAACGGUUGCUAACAUCCCGCAAGUCUUUACACGUUGAGAGGGCAGACACCUGCUACCGUUGCGGGAAGGAAGGGCAUAUGGCGGCAUCCUGUGAUGCCGUCACGCUACACUGCGCUGUCUGUGCCGCUAAUGGUCGCCCGGCGAAUCACGUGAUGGCUGGGAGGAAAUGUAAUCCCCCCACCAAGAAGGGCAAAAUGCAGGCGCAAAGGCGACCUGCAGCUGCAGCUACCUCCGCCGAGACACCGGUCGCGGAAGCCGAUGAGGGUGAUGCGAUGAUUGAAUAA